AUGGCAGAACUCCGGCCAACGCUCCAUCAUCUAAAUGACUCGCAAUCGCAAAGAAUCCUAUGGCUGCUCGAAGAGCUCGAAAUCCCGUAUAACCUCAAGCUUCAUGAACGUGUCAAACAGAGAGCUCCUCCCGAGAUGAAAGAAACACAUCCAUUGGGCAAGGCACCACAACUGGAGACAGGCGACGGGAGAGUUAUUGUGGAAUCGCCGGUGAUUGCGAGAUACUUGAUUGAUACAUACGACAAGACGGGCAAGUUCAAGGGCGACGGCCAAAAGAAUGACUGGAUACGCGAUGACGAGUUGUGCAGCCUUGCUGGCGCCAGCAUCGGCCCUCCCAUGAUCUUGGAAGUCAUCAUGACUGUAGCGGUCAAGUUGACACCUUUCUUCGUCCGCCCUUUGAUAUCCCUGGUCCACAAACAACUCCGCGGAGGCUACUCUGGGCCCGAACUCGACGCGUUCUUUAAGUACAUGGACGAUCAAUUGGGAGACCAGGACUAUUUUAUGGGCACCACGCCUGGCCGGGCAGACUUCAUCCUCUCUUUCCCGGUAGACAUGUGCACCGCAGCUGGCUUCAUUGACAUUAAAAAGUACCCGAAGGUGGAGAAAUGGCACGCUCGGUGUCGUGAACGACCAGCUUGGAAGAGGGCUCUAGAGAAAGGCAAUGGGUACAAUCUCAGUUUCAAUGGCUAG